AUGCUCCCAGACUGUGCCCAGACGGCUCAGGCGGCUCAGGCGCCUGCAGUGCCGCCGCCGACACCAGCCCUGCCACCGUCCAGCAUCCUCGCCUCGAGCGCUCCGCCUCCUCCCCGCACCGCCGGCUCACUCGUCGGCACCUCCAUCCCGACCUCGAGCACCGACAGCGCACCCGCACCGUCCAGCUCCCCGCCAACCCUCACGACUCCGGCAGCUCCCGCCGACGCGGCUGCCCUCGCACCUCGCGCCUCGUCCUCGUCGCCGGAGGUUCCGCCGACCUCGCUCGACCACCGCGUGUGCCGGAUCUGCUUUGGCGACGACGACGACAGCGGCGAGCUGGGUCGACUGCUCGCGCCCUGUCUCUGCCGAGGAACGGCCCGCUACGUCCACCAGGACUGUCUGCGCUCUUGGCGCGAGGCCGACAAGCUCAACAGCUUCUACGUGUGCGGUCAAUGCGGCGCACGGUACCGCUUUCGGCAGACGGCGGUGACGAGGCUGCUCGGCCGACGCUUUGCCACGGUCGUCAUCGGCGUCGUCAUCAUGCUCCUCUCGUCCUUCCUGACCGGCUUCUUCGCCGACCCGCUCAUGCGGCUCGCCAACGAGGACGCGCUCGACCCGCAAACGGGGCAGCUUCCCUUUCACUACUACGACGACGUUCAUGCGCUCGCCGACGCUGUUCGCGAGACGACCUCGACGGUUGGCUACCUCGUCGGCGACUGCACGUGGUCGUCGCCUCGCGAGCUCGUCCGCUCGCACCUGCGCACGACUGUGUUCCUCGAGGACGGCAUCGGCGAGGUCAAGGAAGUGUCUUACGACUCGAGGGCGGCCAGUACCGGGUGUGGUGACCGGUGGGCCGUGCGCGGCGAGGGCGAGAAGUGGGGGCAGGACGACCGGGUUCGGCGCGAGGACUGGGCGACGAGAGCGCUGCUGCACUUGGUAAAGGGUGCGACGACGGCCGCCUGGGGCUGGGCGUUCGCCUGCCGGACACUGCGUCUCGUCGCCGUCGGUCUCGCCUGCGCGCACUACAUGCGGUGGACCUGGGCGCGAGGCCGAGCCGUGCCCGACAUCCCGGGCCUCGUCUGGUGCCUCGACGCAGACGUCUUCAAGUGGAACCGCCGCCAGAUCAAGCAGGCUCGAGUCCGAGGCCAGCUCUUCUCGACCCGGCAGCUCUUCAGCGUCGUCAGCACCGUCCCGCUCGUCUACCGCUCGGCGCGCAUCGCUCACAGCGCGGCAGGAGCGCUCGUCAAGCGCGCGCUCGCGGGCGUCGAGGACCUCGUGCUCGAUCUCGACGGCGAGGCAGCGUUGGACAUAGACAAGCAGAAGGUAGACUAGAGUUGCAGUGUGAACGACGCAGGAGGGAGAAACUAUUAAUGCCAACGA